AUGGUGUCUUGUUGGAGAAGCCAGGUAAGUGAGAGAGCAGAGGUGGAGGUUCCCACCUCCCUAGACAAGGAGACAGGAGGAGGAGGGGGAGGAUGGGGGGGGGGGGGGGGGGAUUCUGUGUGUGCACCUGUGUUGUUGUUUGUUUAUGUGUAUUAAUAUGUGUGUGUGUGUGUGUGUGUGUGUGUGUGUCUGUCUGUAGGAAGAACAGGCUGCCAAGACCAAGGCAGAGAAGAUCCGUGUGGCUCUGGAGAAGAUCAAGGAGGCCCAAGUUAAAAAGGUUAGUUGUCCUGUUCUAAAUCAGAUUGAAAGGAUGAGUUCUCUUCCUGACUGACUCCUGUUACAAUCUAUAACUUGCCAGUGUUCCACAGUUCUUCUCUGUUUCUGGGUCAGGCCAGUGUUACACGGCUGAGGUCAUAGUGGACAGGCAGGACCCAGGCGGUCCAUCUGGCUCACUCUCUCCCCUGGCUCUCUAUCUAUCUGGCUCACUCUCUCCACCUGUUCUCUCUCAUCUCUUUGUCUAUCUCUCUUUUUCUCUCAUCUUCUUUUUCUCUCUCGACUCUAGCUAGAUAUAGUAUAUCCGGCUCUCAAUCAAUCUACUCAUCUCUCUCUCUGGCUCACUCUCUCCCCCUGUCUCUCUCUCUCUCUCUCUCUCUUCUCUCUAUCUCUUGCCUAAUGUGAUGGAAUACCCUCCAGGAGUAAGGCCCAAAUCUGAGCUGGUGGAUUAGCAUACGGCCGGCUGGGCCUUUACUAAGCCGCUCGCCCUGCCAGUGUGGGAAAGGGAUGGAGGAGAAGGGGGUGGGACGGGAGAGAGGUGCCCGCCACGUGUCAGACUGACCUUCAAAUUUCCUUGAAGUGUGUGUUUGUAGGGGGGAGUGUGUGUCGUGUAAGGGGAAAAGUGUGUGUGUGUAGGGGGAAGUGUGUGUGGUAGGGGGAAGUGGUAGUGGUGAGGGGGGAGUGGCUUGGCUGGGGGUUGUAUGGUGUGUGUGUAAGGGUGAGUGUGUGUGCUGUAUAAGGGGAAGGGUGUUGUGUGUAGGGGAAGUGUUGGUGUGUGUAGGGGGAAGUCGUGUGGUGUAAGGGGAAAGUUGUGUGUGUAAGGAAGUGUGUGUGUGUAGGGGAAGUGUGUGGUGUAGGGGGAAGUGUGUGUCUAGGGGGAGUGGUGUGUGUUGUAAGGGAAGUGUGUGUGUGUAGGGGGAAGUGUGUGUGGUAGGGAAGUGUGGUGUAGGGGGGAGGGUGUGUGUGUGUGGGGGAAGUGUGUGUGUAGGGGGAAGUGUUGUGUGUGUAGGGGGAAGUUGUGUGUGUGUAGGGGGGAAGUGUGUGUGUGUAGGGGAAAAGUGGUGUGUGUAGGGGGAAAGUGUGUGUUGUGUAGGGGGAAGUUUGUGUGUGUAGGGGGUAAGUGGGUGUGUGUAGGGGAAGUGUUGGGUGUGUAGGGGGAAUGUGGUGUGUAGGGGAAGUGAAGUGUGUGUGUUGUAGGGGGCCGUGUGUUGUAGGGGGAAGUGUGUGUGGUUGUGUGUCUAGGGGGAAGUUGUGUAGGGGAAGGGUGUGUGUGGUAGGGGGAAGGUGGUAGGGGGAAGUGUGUGUAGGGGAAGUGUGUGGGUGUGUAGGGGGAAGUGUGUGUGUAGGGGGGAGUGUGUGUGUGUGGUAGGGGGAAAGUGUGUGUGUGUGAGGGGGAUGUGCGAUGUGUGUGUGUAGGGGGAAGUGUGGGUGUAGGGGGGAGGAAGUUGUGUGUGGUGUAGGGGGAGGAAGUGUGUUGUGUGUAGGGGGGAAGUGUGUGUGUGUAGGGGGAAGUGUGUGUGUUGGGGGGGGAAGUAUCUGUGUGUGUGUAGGGGGGAAGUGGUAGUGUGGUCGGGGGAAGUGUGUUGUGAGGGGGGAAGUGUGUGUGGUAGGGGGAAGUGAUGUGUGUAGGGGGGAAGUUGUUCUGUGUUGUGUUAGGGGGGAAGGUGUGUUGUGUAGGGGGACGUGUGUGUGUAGGGGGGAAGUGUGUGUGUAGUGGGAAGUGUGUGUGAAGUGUGUGUGCGCGCUUGAGAGAAAAAGUAGGAAUAAAGUCUGAUUGCCACACUAACCCCGUAGCUCCACGCGCAGGUCUGGCAGGAAGGAGGGCAGGAAGGAGGACAGGAAGGAGGGCAGGAAGGAGGACAGGAAGGAGGGCAGGAAGGAGGACAGGAUGGAGGGCAGGAAGGAGAGCAGGAAGGAGGGCAGGAAGGAGGACAGGAAGGAGGGCAGGAAAGGAGGGCAGGAAGGAGGACAGGAGGAGGACAGGAAGGAGGGCAGGAAGGAGGGCAGGAAGGAGGGCAGGAAGGAGGGCAGGAAGGAGGGCAGGAAGGAGGACAGGAAGGAGAGCAGGAAGGAGGGCAGGAAGGGGGCAGGGAAGGAGGGCAGGAAGGAGGGCUGGAAGGAGGGCAGGAAGGAGGACAGGAAGGGGGGCAGAAGGAGGCAGGAAGGAGGGCAGGAAGGAGGGCAGGAAGGAGGGGGGAGGAGGAAGGAGGAGGCAGGAAGGGGGGCAGGAAGGAGGGCAGGAAGGAGGGCAGGAAGGAGGGCAGGAAGGAGGGCAGGAAGGAGGACAGGAAGGAGGGCAGGAAGGAGAGCAGGAAGGAGGGCAGGAAGGAGGACAGGAAGGAGGACAGGAAGGAGGGCAGGAAGGAGGACAGGAAGGAGGGCAGGAAGGAGGACAGGAAGGAGGGCAGGAAGGAGGACAGGAAGGAGGGCAGGAAGGAGGGCAGGAAGGAGGGCAGGAAGAGGGAUAUUAUCUCCCUCUCUCCUCUUCCUUGGUUCUGUCACUUUAUUCUAGGCUAGGUGUAAUCCCAUGGCUGCCUGAGAGAACUGAGGUGUUUUAACAGCAGAGAAAGACGACAGCUCUUCACAGUGUAGAAAACAAAUGCUGGUUGUAUCAUUUGUUUAUUUACUGUCCUUUUAUUGAUCAAAACUGGCCAACAGCAUUUUAAACAUUCUGUAUAGCACUUUGUGACAUCUGCUGAUGUAAAAAGGGCUUUAUAAAUAAAUGUGUUUUGACCCUAUACAGAUACAAGUAACCACAGUGAUCAUACAUACAUAUACUGUAGAUAGUAUGAAAGUUAUCCUCAGUGAACAAGUUUCAGAUAGAAACCAUACAUGGAUACUAUGGUAUUAUUCUACCACAUUCAAUAUUUAUUGCUCUGGAUACUGUAACAGAGAGAUGUACAUGUUGGCCCCUCAGAGGGGGAAGGUCUGACUAGUCCUUGGGCGUUGUCCUUGGGCGUUGUCCUUGGGCGUUGUCCUUGGCUCCUGGACCAUUUGCCAUGCGUCUCCAGGUGACAGAGAGCACAUAAAUUAGGGCGGAGCCUACAGCUGCCUUGAGCAAGGCACUUAACCCUAAUUGCUCCUGUAAGUCGCUCUGGAUAAGAGCGUCUGCUAAAUGACUAAUUAUUAUUAUUAUUAUUAUUAUUAUUAUAUCUUAUAGGUGGAGCUAUUUUACUUACAAUUUUACAUUUAGGGUUAAGUGCCUUGCUCAAGGGCACAUCGACAGAUUUUUCACCUAGUCGGCUCGGGGAUUAGAACCAGCGACCUUUCGGUUACUGGCACAUCGCUCUUACCCACUGAGCCACCUGCCGCCCACUUGAAUGCUAGAUGUUCUGAGCUUUUUUACUGCUCUGAGUUGUUGUUUUUAUAAUACUUGGAGAGGUCAGGGAUUUUCUAUCAGUUAUCUAGGUUAUUUGAUAUCCUCUCCUCUGAUCUGAUCUUUCUGUGAAGUGGAAAGUGGAUUGGAGAUUGUGUUAUAUAAAUCUGUGUGUAGUAGAGAUUGAGUUAUACUCUGUAAUUAUUGGGACAGUGAAGCAUUUAUUCUUCUUUUGGCUUUAUACUCCACAGGUUUGGAUUUGAAAUCAAACAAUGACUAUGAGGUAAAAGUGCAGACUGUCAGCUUUAAUUUGAGGGUAUUUUCAUUCAUAUCCGUUUAGAAAUGACAGGACUAUUUCCACAUAGUUCCCCCAUUUUUAGGGCGCCAAAAGUAUUGGGACAAAUUAACUUUUGUGUAUUAAAGUAGUAAAAAGUUAAGUAUUUGGUCCCAUUAGUAUUUGGUCUCAUAUUCAUAGCAUGCAAUGACUACAUCAAGCUUGUGACUACAAAUUUGUUGGAUGCAUUUGCUGUUUGUUUUUCGGUUGUGUUUCAGAUAAUUUUGUGGCCAAUAGAAAUUAAUGGUAAAUAAUGUAUUGUGUCAUUUUGGAGUCACUUCUAUUGUAAAUAAGAAUAUAAUAUGUUUCUAAACACUUCUACAUUAAUGUGGAUGCUACCAUGGUUACGGAUAGUCCUGAAUAAAUUGUGAAUAAUGAUGAGUAAGAAAGUUACAGACGCACAAAUAUCAUACCCACAAGACAUGCUAACCUCUCACCAUUACAAUAACAGGGGAGGUUAGCAUUUUAUAUCAUACCCCCAAGACAUGCUAACCUCUCACCAUUACAAUAACAGGGGAGGUUAGCAUUUUAUAUCAUACCCCCAAGACAUGCUAACCUCUCACCAUUACAAUAACAGGGGAGGUUAGCAUUUAUGGGGGGGGUACGAUAUUUAUGCCUCUGUAACUUUCUCACUCAUCAUUAUUCACAAUUCAUUCAGGACUAUCCGUAAUCAUGGUAGCAUCCACAUGAAUGUAUAAGUGUUUAGAAACAUAUUAUAUUCUUAUUUACAGUAAAAGUGACUCGAAAAUGUUUACCAUUAAUUUCUAUUGGGCACAAAAUUAUUUGAAACAAAACCGAAACAAAAAGCAAAUGCAUCCAACAAGUUUGUAGAGUCACAAGCUUGAUGUAGUCAUUGCGUGCUAGGAAUAUGGGACCAUAUACUACUUUAAUACACAUAAGUGAAUUUGUCCCAAUACUUUUGGUGCACUAAAAUUGGGGGAACUAUGUGGAAAUAGUCCUGUAAUUUCUAAACGGAUAUGGAUGAAAAUACCCUCAAAUUAAAGCUGACAGUCUGCACUUUUACCUCAUAGUCACUGUUUGAUUUCAAAUCCAAACUUGUGGAGUUAGAGCCAAAAGAAUAAGAAAUGCUUCACUGUCCAAAUAAUUACUAAGGGCACUGUAAUGCUGAGUCUAUGUGGAGUAGAGAUUCUGAGUCUACAGUGGGGAGAACAAGUAUUUGAUACACUGCCGAUUUUGCAGGUUUUCCUACUUACGAAGCAUGUAGAGGUCUGUAAUUUUUAUCAUAGGUACACAUCAACUGUGAGAGACAGAAUCUAAAACAAAAAUCCAGAAAAUCACAUUCUAUGAUUUUUAAGUAAUUAAUUUGCAUUUUAUUGCAUGACAUAAGUAUUUGAUCACCUACCAACCAGUAAGAAUUCCGGCUCUCACAGACCUGUUAGUUUUUCUUUAAGAAGCCCUCCUGUUCUCCACUCAUUACCUGUAUUAACUGCACCUGUUUGAACUCGUUACCUGUAUAAAAGACACCUGUCCACACACUCAAUCAAACAGACUCCAACCUCUCCACAAUGGCCAAGACCAGAGAGCUGUGUAAGGACAUCAGGGAUAAAAUUGUAGACCUGCACAAGGCUGGGAUGAGCUACAGGACAAUAGGCAAGCAGCUUGGUGAGAAGGCAACAACUGUUGGAGCAAUUAUUAGAAAAUGGACGAAGUUCAAGAUGACGGUCAAUCACCCACGGUCUGGGGCUCCAUGCAAGAUCUCACCUCGUGGGGCAUCAAUGAUCAUGAGGAAGGUGAGGGAUCAGCCCAGAACUACACGGCAGGACCUGGUCAAUGACCUGAAAAGAGCUGGGACCACAGUCUCAAAGAAAACCAUUAGUAACACACUACGCCGUCAUGGAUUACAAUCCUGCAGCUCACGCAAGGUCCCCCUGCUCAAGCCAGCGCAUGUCCAGGCCCGUCUGCUCAAGCCAGCGCAUGUCCAGGCCCGUCUGAAGUUUGCCAAUGACCAUCUGGAUGAUCCAGAGGAGGAAUGGGAGAAGGUAAUGUGGUCUGAUGAGACAUUUACAUUUACAUUUUAGUCAUUUAGCAGACGCUCUUAACCAGAGCGACUUACAGGAGCAAUUAGGGUUAAGUGCCUUGCUCAAGGGCACAUUAACGUCAUUUAGCAGACGCUCUUAGCCAGAGCGACUCACAAAUUGGUGCGUUCACCCUAUAGCCAGUGGGAUAACCACUUUACAAUUUGGGGGGGGGGGGGGGUUAGAAGGAAUACUUUAUCCUAUCCCAGGUAUUCCUUAAAGAGGUGGGGUUUCAAAUGUCUCCGGAAGGUGGUGAGUGACUCCGCUGUCCUGGCGUCGUGAGGGAGCUUGUUCCACCAUUGGGGUGCCAGAGCAGCGAACAGUUUUGACUGGGCUGAGCGGGAGCUGUGCUUCCGCAGAGGAAGGGGAGCCAGCAGGCCAGAGGUGGAUGAACGCAAUGUCCUCGUUUGGGUGUAGGGACUGAUCAGAGCCUGAAGGUACAGAGGUGCCGUUCCCCUCACUGCUCCAUAGGCAAGCACCAUGGUCUUGUAGCGGAUGCGAGCUUCAACUGGAAGCCAGUGGAGUGUGCGGAGGAGGGGGGUGACGUGAGAGAACUUGGGAAGGUUGAACACCAGACGGGCUGCGGCAUUCUGGAUGAGUUGUAGGGGUUUAAUGGCACAGGCAGGGAGCCCAGCCAACAGCGAGUUGCAGUAGUCCAGACGGGAGAUGACAAGUGCCUGGACCAGGACCUGCGCCGCUUCCUGUGUAAGGCAGGGUCGCACUCUCCGAAUGUUGUAGAGCAUGAACCUGCAGGAGCGGGUCACCGCCUUGAUGUUGGCGGAGAACGACAGGGUGUUGUCCAGGGUCACGCCUAGGCUCUUCGCACUCUGGGAGGAGGACACAGCGGAGUUGUCAACCGUGAUGGCGAGAUCAUGGAACGGGCAGUCCUUCCCCGGGAGGAAGAGCAGCUCCGUCUUGCCAGGGUUCAGCUUGAGGUGGUGAUCCGUCAUCCAUACUGAUAUGUCUGCCAGACAUGCAGAGAUGCGAUUCGCCACCUGGUUAUCAGAAGGGGGAAAGGAGAAGAUUAGUUGUGUAUCGUCAGCGUAGCAAUGAUAGGAGAGACCAUGUGAGGAUAUGACAGAGCCAAGUGACUUGGUGUAUAGGGAGAAAAGGAGAGGGCCCAGAACCGAUCCCUGGGGGACACCAGUGGUGAGAGCACGUGGUGCGGAGACAGCUUCCCGCCACGCCACUUGGUAGGAGCGACCGGUCAGGUAGGACGCAAUCCAGGAGUGAGCCGCGCCGGAGAUGCCCAUCUCGGAGAGGGUGGAGAGGAGGAUCUGAUGGUUCACAGUAUCAAAGGCAGCAGACAGGUCUAGAAGGACAAGAGCAGAGGAGAGAGAGUUAGCUUUAGCAGUGCGGAGAGUCUCCGUGACACAGAGAAGAGCAGUCUCAGUUGAAUGACCAGUCCUGAAACCUGAUUGGUUUGGAUCAAGAAGGUCAUUCUGAGAGAGAUAGCAAGAGAGUUGGCUAAAGACGGCACGCUCAAUAGUUUUGGAAAGAAAAGAAAGAAGGGAUACCAGGUUUGCACACACUGCAGCAGAGACAAAAAUAGAGUGUUUUGGUCUAAACUCCACUCGCCGUGUUUGGAGGAAGAAAUAAUAUAAUAUAAUAAUAUGCCAUUUAGCAGACGCUUUUAUCCAAAGCGACUUACAGUCAUGCGUGCAUACAUUUUUGUGUAUGGGUGGUCCCGGGGAUCGAACCCACUACCUUGGCGUUACAAGCGCCGUGCUCUACCAGCUGAGCUACAGAGGACCACAGAAGGAUGAGUACAACCCCAAGAACACCAUCCCAACAAUGAAGCAUGGAGGUGGAAACAUCAUUCUUUGGGGAUGCUUUUCUGCAAAGGGGACAGGACGACUGCACCGUAUUGAGGGGAGGAUGGAUGGGGCCAUGUAUCGCGAGAUCUUGGCCAACAACCUCCUUCCCUCAGUAAGAGCAUUGAAGGUGGGUCGUGGCUGGGUCUUCCAGCAUGACAACGACCCGAAACACACAGCCAGGGCAACUAAGGAGUGGCUCCGUAAGAAGCAUCUCAAGGUCCUGGAGUGGCCUAGCCAGUCUCCAGACCUGAACCUAAUAGAAAAUCUUUGGAGGGAGCUGAAAGUCCGUAUUGUCCAGCAACAGCCCCGAAACCUGAAGGAUCUGGAGAAGGUCUGUAUGGAGGAGUGGGCCAAAAUCCCUGCUGCAGUGUGUGCAAACCUGGUCAAGACCUACAGGAAACGUAUGAUCUCUGUAAUUGCAAACAAAGGUUUCUGUACCAAAUAUUAAGUUCUGCUUUUCUGAUGUAUCAAAUACUUAUGUCAUGCAAUAAAAUGCAAAUUAAUUACUUAAAAAUCAUACAAUGUGAUUUUUCUGGAUUUUUGUUUUAGAUUCUGUCUCUCACAGUUGAAGUGUACCUAUGAAAAAAUUACAGACCUCUACAUGCUUUGUAAGUAGGAAAACCUGCACAAUCGGCAGUGUAUCAAAUACUUGUUCUCCCCACUGUAUGUGGAGUAGAGAUUCUGAGUCUGUGUAAAGUAGCGAUUCUGAGUCUGUGUAGAGUAGAGAUAUCCAAGUGGUCUGUUAACCUGAUGUCAGAACUGUUCAACUCUAUGCAAGGCCAUAAUCAUCAUAUCCAAGUGGUCUGUUAACCCAAUGUGACCAAUAAUAAUCAAUCGUAGAUCAAAGUCAACCAGUGAGGUAUGAAAUUGUAUCAUGCUGUCAAUCAAUCUAACCCAGUGAGUAAGAUCAAUAAUGGUAUAUUGGUCCUGUGUCAGUAAUCAAUCUAACCCAGUGAGGAGGAUCAAUAAUGGUAUAUUGGUCCUGUGUCAGUAAUCAAUCUAACCCAGUGAGUAGGAUCAAUAAUGGUAUAUUGGUCCUGUGUCAGUAAUCAAUCUAACCCAGUGAGGAGGAUCAAUAAUGGUAUAUUGGUCCUGUGUCAGUAAUCAAUCUAACCCAGUGAGUAGGAUCAAUAAUGGUAUAUUGGUCCUGUGUCAGUAAUCAAUCUAACCCAGUGAGUAGGAUCAAUAAUGGUAUAUUGGUCCUGUGUCAGUAAUCAAUCUAACCCAGUGAGGAGGAUCAAUAAUGGUAUAUUGGUCCUGUGUCAGUAAUCAAUCUAACCCAGUGAGUAGGAUCAAUAAUGGUAUAUUGGUCCUGGGGCAGUAAUCAAUCUAACCCAGUGGAGUAUAAACUGUUUCCUGCUUUACUCACCCUGUGUAUUGCCCUCUAUCUGGUGACCAGCUUUUUAUUGAACCAUCUGUUUGUCAGAUGUGACCAACACUUCUGUGAAAAGUGUCUGGAAUGACAGCUUGUCCUGUGUUUGCCCAGCUGGUGAUCAGCUGGUGUGGAUUAUUCUAGAUUCUUCAUUCCAGAAUAUGAAUCUAACCCUUCCGGUGUCUCCUCUCCCGUCUAGCUGGUGAUCCGAGUGCACCUGUCAGAUGAGAGCUCUAAGACCAUGAUGGUGGACGAGAGACAGACUGUCAGGCAGGUUCUGGACAGCUUGUUGGACAAGUCCCACUGUGGCUACAGCCCUGACUGGUCCCUGGUGGAGACCAUCAACGAACUGCAGAUGGGUAGGUGGAGCAAGGUGCUCGCUCACAAACACAGAUUAAAGACAUACACACACACACACACACACACACACACACAACAUUUAUUUUAGAUAGUUUCCCAUCAGCUUCUUCUCUGACGUUUGUCUGUGUUUGAUUCUAUUUGAUGUAUCCUCCUUGAUAGUUAGCGUCAGAGUCAGAAGAGUUCAUUUUCUGAAAUACCAAAUGGAUUACUAGCCACUGCAGUCCUGUGUGCAUGUGGCUCUGCUAUAAGCAGUAGGGGGAUGGGCAACAACUACGGGGAUGAAAAGAUUGAACACAACCCCUUACAAUAUGAAAACGCCCCAGAGGGAGGUCAUUGAAAGCCAUUGACAUUCUGCAGCAGAGAGUGUUGGUGGCUGUUGAGAGGGACUGUUAGUUAUAUGUGGGCUACUGUCAUCACGGUACAGCAGAGUGCUGUACUAACCUAUAUCUCUAGGGAGUCCUCUGGCUGGCCAGCCUCUCUCUCUCUCUCUCUCUCUCUCUCUCUCUCUCUCUUUCUCUCUCUCUCUCUGGCUGGCCAGCCCUCUCUCUCUCUCUCUCUCUCUCUCUCUCUCUCUCUCUCUCUCUGGCUGGCUGGCUGGCUGGCUGGCUGGCUGGCUGGCUGGCUGGCAGCCUCUCUCUCUUUCCCUCUCUGGCUGUGCAGCCUCUCUCUCUUUCCCUCUCUGGCUGUGCAGCCUCUCGUUAUGAAAGUGAAGGCCUUUUCACCUCACACAUUGAUGUGUUGACAGUGCAGGCAUUAAGGUCUGCUGUAGAUCAUGAAGAGCCGGAUGUGUAUCUAGUCUUCAGCCCUGAGCGGUGCCUGUCUAUGCACGGGGCCGGCGUCCCAAAUGGCAUCCUAUUUCCUAUAUAGUGUACUACUUUUGACCAGAACCCUAUUUGGAAAAUGUUAUAUUUGCUCCUACAGCCUUAAACAUAAAUUAUUGCAAUUCAAGAUAAUCCAUAGGAUUUACUCCACUCCUGGCAGAACGCAUGUAAUGCACCCAGAAAUGUCACAUCUCUGUUGGAGAUGCAGAAAACAAUGAAGCCUAUUAAAUACGCUGUGUACCCCCCUGAUAAAGUGACACCGUGUUGGGAGAAUGUCUGCGCUAUCAUAUCAGUGACCACGUUCACAUGCAUAAACAUCAUAUCCCGUCUUUACAAUAACCUGAAAAGGCUUGUAUCCCGGUUAUGAGAAUCCCGGAUAAGAUGCCAGGGAUAUGCUGAUCUAAGACGGGAUACUGCGGCAUGUUUAACAUCUGAUCACUUUUACUGUUGUAUGCACAGGCUCAGUUUCGCAUAUCAUGAGUGUUGUGUGAUGAUGUUUUCAUCUGAUUGUCAAGAAAAUAGCUUCAAAAAGUUGGCUACCUGCGCAGUUCGAUCCACCAUAAUAAUUUAGCCUACUAUAAUUAAUAUACUCUAAUUUUAAUGAAGUUUCUGCUCAUAAUUUCCAACAUUUGGUAGGCUGUAUUAUGAUUUCUGACAUUUGGUAGGCGAUUUAUUUGUCAACUAUAGUUAGAUACAUGCAGCUUUUCUUCUGUCACAGAAGCUUGUUGCCCCAGAAGACUAAAUGAAUUAGUGCUCAGCAGAAUAAUGUCUUACAUCAACAGAAUGAAUGCAUUAGUAACCUAGUUAACAGCGGUGAAGUUGUCUGUUUAGUUUAGGGACCAGGGAGAAAACGCAAUAUCUCCAGUGGAAAGAUUGGUCCUGUGCAAAAUGUCCAAAUGUCAUUAGUUUCAACGGUUUUAAUUAAAUGAAAAGCUGACAAAACGAUGAAACACAUUUCUGAUAAGAUAUUUGAUGUGGUUGAAAUACUGUCUGCCUGCCUAACCAUGUCAAAGACAACACAUUACAUUCUCUCAAGAGAUGCUGAAAUAAAUAAGUCAUAUUUCUCCACUCAUGUUCCCAAGACAAAAUGAACAUUUGUUGUAUAAUUUCAGUGCAAGAAAUGCAUAAUUCUGCAGGAGUUAAUAUUAUAUUACGCUACAUGUGAGAGGUGACAGGUCUACAGUCAGUGUCCAUAUUUCACUUACUGUUCUAUUUAACCCGUAUGAACUUCAAUUUGGAAUAUUUCUGUUUAUUCAUGGAUGCAGGGAUAUUUAUGAGCGGGCUAUCAAAGGUCCAUGUAAACAGUUUAUCCCAAAUAAGACCUUUAAGCAGGAUAUGAGCUUCUAUCCAGGAAUACUGUGCGCAUGUAAACGUGGUCAUUGUGUCUAGGAAUGUAUAUCCAUCCGUCUCCAUGAUUAUUGUCUGUUGGGAAAUGUAAUUAUUGGUGACCAAUAUCAAAGAAAGUUUUGUAACCUAGGUCUAAUUGCUGCCCCAAAAAAAUGGUAUAGCUAUAAUUUUGGAAAGCAUCAUACUGGGCUUGAAUAACGAACUGGAAGGCUGAACUAUGUAGUUAUAUUCCGUUAGAUUCUGUGUUUUAUAAAGUUUGGCAGAGAAGGGACGUAUUUGAUAAGGUCUGGAAGCUUAUUUUGACCAUCUUAAGGAGUGUGACGUUUCCAUGUGAGGGGGUUUGAUGUAUCUAUGGUUAUUAAAAGGAGAAGCUACGGUGUGUUUUGGUGUGUUGGUGGAAAGGUGCAUGUUGUAGUGGGUAUCAAGUGUGGUGGUUGUUUCGUCAGCCGGUGAUUGUCAAGCAAAUAACUGCCGGUCUCACGGUAAUUGACCGUUAAUUAACAUAAACACAUUUAGCAUCUCCUGGCUUCUACCCAAGCCACUGAUGCAUACCUUUGGAACAUCUACAUUUAAAAAAGUCUAAUAAAUCCAUGUAAUAUAGCCUACACCAUCACAAUACAUCCAUUAUUUAUUUUAGACAGGUCUAAAGUCCCCUGGGGAGGGCAGAUGUAGGAUGUUGGGGAAUGAGCUGUAAGCCCCUGGGGAGGGCAGAUGUAGGAUGUUGGGGAAUGAGCUGUAAGCCCCUGGGGAGGGCAGAUGUAGGAUGUUGGGGAAUGAGCUGUAAGUCCCCUGGGGAGGGCAGAUGUAGGAUGUUGGGGACUGAGCUAUAAAUCCCCUGGGGAGGGCAGAUUUAGGAUGUUGGGGACUGAGCUAUAAAUCCCCUGGGGAGGGCAGAUGUAGGAUGUUGGGGACUGAGCUAUAAAUCCCCUGGGGAGGGCAGAUGUAGGAUGUUGGGGAAUGAGCUGUAAGCCCCUGGGGAGGGCAGAUGUAGGAUGUUGGGGAAUGAGCUGUAAGUCCCCUGGGGAGGGCAGAUGUAGGAUGUUGGGGACUGAGCUGUAAGCCCCUGGGGAGGGCAGAUGUAGGAUGUUGGGGAAUGAGCUGUAAGCCCCUGGGGAGGGCAGAUGUAGGAUGUUGGGGACUGAGCUGUAAGCCCCUGGGGAGGGCAGAUGUAGGAUGUUGGGGAAUGAGCUGUAAGUCCCCUGGGGAGGGCAGAUGUAGGAUGUUGGGGAAUGAGCUGUAAGCCUCCGGGAGCAGUGUAAAGGAUGGUUUGAUGGUUAAUUCUGUAAUGUUUUAAUCAUCUAAUGGCCUGGGGUUGUAGCUAAUCCAGCAGAUUAGAUUAGGGGGUUUCUUCCAUUCCAUGUAGAAUAAGUUGUAUCUUUAUCAUUUUAUUUUACUGUCUGUAGAUGGUAAUUUCAUCAGAAUGAAAUUGGAAGCUCAUAUUCUAGUAUUACGGUGAAUGUGUCCAGAGCAUGGUGAAUGUGUCCAGAGCAUGGUGAAUGUGUCCAGAGCAUGGUAAAUGUGUCCAGAGCAUGGUGAAUGUGUCCAGAGCAUGGUGAGUCAAUAAUCAAACAAUCAAUCAAUCAAUCAAUCAUCAAUCAAUCAAUCAUCAAUCAAUCCCCCCAAUCUUAAAAAAAAUUGGUUAUUGUCUUCUCUUUAUUUCAUUUCAUUUUAUUUUUCACAAUAAAGCAUUGUGGGUAGUCAGUCACGACCUCACAAGCCAUGAGAUCUUACUGCUAUUUGGUUAAAACGUCUCCUUACUGUCCUGAGGUGGCUGCUGUGUCUGUGUGUAGUGGUGAUGCAACCCAGUCCAUCUCUCCCUGUCCUCCCCCCAGAGUGGAACCUAGUGUACAAACUAUUAUAGCCCAACACUAUAUUCUCUCUCUUUCUCCACUCUUCCUCCCAGAGCGUAUCUUUGAGGACCAUGAGAACCUGGUUGAGAACCUUCAGAACUGGACCAGAGACAGCCAGAACAGACUGAAGUUCAUAGAACGCAUCGAGAAGUACGCCCUCUUCAAAAACCCACAGGUGAGACAGCUGAAGGAUGGGACUAAUAAUAAUAAAUAGAGUUAAAGUGACAAUGCAUAAAUAAUAAACAGAGUAGCAGCAGCGUAAAAAGAUGGGGUGGGGGGUGGGAUGGGGGGGCAGUGCAAAUAGUCCGGGUAGCCAUGAUUAGCUGUUCAGGAGUCUUAUGGCUUGGGGGUAGAAGCUGUUGAGAAGUAUUUUGGACCUAGACAUGGCACUCCAGUACUGCUUGCCGUGCGGUAGCAGAGAGAACAGUCUAUGACUAGGGUGGCUGGAGUCUUUGACAAUGUUUAGGGCCUUCCUCUGACACCGCCUGGUAUAGAGGUCCUUAAUGGCAGGAAGCUUGGCCCCAGUGAUGUACUGGGCCGUACGCACUACCCUCUGUAGUGCCUUGCGGUCGGAGGCCGAGCAGUUGCCAUAGCAGGCGGUGAUGCAACCAGUCAGGAUACUCUCGAUGGUGCAGCUGUAUAACUUUUUGAGGAUCUGAGGACCCAUGCCAAAUCUUUUCAGUCUCCUGAGGGGGAAUAGGCUUUGUCGUGCACUCUUCACGACUGUCUUGGUGUGUUUGGACCAUGAUCGUUUGUUGGUGAUGUGGACACCAAGGAACUUGAAUCUCUCAACCUGUUCCACUACAGCCCUGUCGAUGAGAAUGGGGGCGUGCUCAGUCCUCUUUUUUUUCCUGUAGUCCACAAUCAUCUCCUUUGUCUUGAUCACGUUGAGGGAGAGGUUGUUAUCCUGGCACCACACGGCCAGGUCUCUGACCUCCUCCCUAUAGGCUGUCUCAUCGUUGUCGGUGAUUAGGCCUACCACUGUUGUGUCGUCUGCAAACUUAAUGAUGGUGUUGGAGUCGUGCCUGGCCAUGCAGUCAUGGGUGAACAGGGAAUACAGGAGGGGACUGAGCCCGCACCCCUGAGGGGCCCCCGUGUUGAGGAUCAGCGUGGCAGAUGUUGUUUCAUACCCUUACCACCUGGGGGCGGCCCGUCAGGAAGUCCAGGAUCCAGUUGCAGAGGGAGGUGUUUAGUCCCAGGGUCCUUAGCUUAGUGAUGAGCUUUGAGGGCACUAUGGUUUUGAACGCUGAGUUGUAGUCAAUGAAUAGCAUUCUCACGUAGGUGUUCCUCUUGUCCAGGUGGGAAAGGGCAGUGUGGAGUGCAAUAAAGAUUGCAUCAUCUGUGGAUCUGUUGGGGCGGUAUGCAAAUUGGAGUGGGUCUAGGGUUUCUGGGAUAAUGGUGUUGAUAUGAGCCAUGACCAGCCUUUCAAAGCACUUCAUGGCUACAGACGUGAGUGCUACGGGUCGGUAGUCAUUUAGGCAGGUUACCUUAGUGUCCUUGGGCACAGGGACUAUUGUGGUCUGCUUGAAACAUGUUGGUAUUACAGACUCAGUCAGGGACAUGUUGAAAAUGUCAGUGAAGACACUUGCCAGUUGGUCAGCACAUGCUCGGAGUACAGGUCCUGGUAAUCCGUCUGGCCCUGCGGCCUUGUGAAUGUUGACCUGCUUAAAAGUCUUACUCACAUCGGCUACGGAGAGCUUGAUCACAUAGUCAUCCGGAACAGCUGAUGCUCUCAUGCAUGCUUCAGUGUUGCUUGCCUCGAAGCGAGCAUAGAAGUGAUUUAGCGCGUCUGGUGGGCUCGUGUCACUGGGCAGCUUGCGGCUGUGCUUCCCUUUGUAAUCUGUAAUAGUUUUCAAGCCCUGCCACAUCCGACGAGCGUCAGAGCCGGUGUAGUAUGAAGACUAGUCCUGGACACAACUGAUGCUGAAAAACACUGACUGAGGCUAAGCUGCUUUAAAAUAUGUGUCACCAAAAUAGCCAGCCAGACCACUACUGUCCCUGCCAGUCACUAUUUUAUUAUAUAACUGAUGCAGGAUAGGUUAUACAACACGGAAAUACACUGAACUGGCACCAAAAUACAGUGCUUCACCAAAAUACACUGAACUGCCACCAAAAUACAAUGCUUCACCAAAAUACACUGAACUGGCACCAUAAUACAAUGCUUCACCAAAAUACACUGAACUGGCACCAAAAUACAAUGCUUCACCAAAAUACACUGACCUGGCACCAAAAUACAAUGCUUCACCAAAAUACAAUGCUUCACCAAAAUAGAUACACCCAAUAGUAUCAGACAGUGUUUAUUUGCACACAAACUCACUCAACAGACACAAACACACAGACCCCAGUGUGUCCUUCAGAUCCAGGUCAGUAUGUUGUAGAUGAUGGUGCUAUGAAUAAUAGAUUAGGAAUUAGACUGGGAGCUGGUUAGCACUGCUGUCUCCCUUGGUAAUAUAGCUAUUCCCACUUUAACUGACUGGGAGCUGGUGAGCACUGCUGUCUCCCUUGGUAAUAUAGCUAUUCCCACUUUAACUGACUGGGUGCUGGUGAGCACUGCUGUCUCCCUUGGUAAUAUAGCUAUUCCCACUUUAACUGACUGGGUGCUGGUGAGCACUGCUGUCUCCUUUGGUAAUAUAGCUAUUCCCACUUUAACUGACUGGGAGCUGGUGAGCACUGCUGUCUCCUUUGGUAAUAUAGCUAUUCCCACUUUAACUGACUGGGAGCUGGUUAGCACUGCUCUCUCCUUUGGUAAUAUAGCUAUUCCCACUUUAACUGACUGGGAGCUGGUUAGCACUGCUGUCUCCUUUGGUAAUAUAGCUAUUCCCACUUUAACUGACUGGGAGCUGGUUAGCACUGCUGUCUCCUUUGGUAAUAUAGCUAUUCCCACUUUAACUGACUGGGAGCUGGUGAGCACUGCUGUCUCCUUUGGUAAUAUAGCUAUUCCCACUUUAACUGACUGGGAGCUGGUUAGCACUGCUGUCUCCUUUGGUAAUAUAGCUAUUCCCACUUUAACUGACUGGGAGCUGGUUAGCACUGCUGUCUCCUUUGGUAAUAUAGCUAUUCCCACUUUAACUGACUGGGAGCUGGUUAGCACUGGUUAGCACUGCGUGUCUCCUUUGGUAAAUAGAGCUAAUUCCCACUUUACUGACUGGGAGCUGGUUAGCACUGCUGUCUCCUUUGGUAAUAUAGCUAUUCCCACUUAAACUGACUGGGAGCUGGGUAGCACUGCUGUCUCCUUUGGUAAUAUAGCUAUUCCCACUUUAACUGACUGGGAGCUGGUGACAUCUGCUCCUUUGGUAAUAAGCACCCCCUUUCUGAGGGGAGCGGGGAGCAGUUCUCCUUUUGGUAAUAGUAUUCCCACUUUAACGACUGGGAGCGGUUAGCACUGCUUCUCCUUUUGGGGAAUAAAAGCUACCCCACUUUAACGACUGGAGCUGGUAGCACCUGUUUUUGGGUAAAUAUUUCCCACUUUAUGACGGGGAUGGUAGCCUGCGCCCCCUUGGAAAUAUAGCUAUUCCCCAUUUUUAACGAGGGGUGGUACACUGCUGUCUUUUUUGGGUAAUAUAGCUUCCCCUUUUAAUGACGGGGACGGGUAGCCUGCUGUCCCCUUUUGGGAAAUUUAAGUUUUCCCACUUUAAAAAGGGGACUGGGAGCAUCUGUCUCUUUAAUAUAUUUUCCCAUUUUAAGGACGGGGAGCUGGUUAGCACUGUUUCCCCUUGGUAAAUGUAUUCCCACUUAAUGACUGGGAGGGGUUAGACUGCGGGCUCCUUUGGAAGGGGUUUUCCCCACUUUAAUGAUGGGAGGGGUAGCAGCUGUCUCCUUUUGGAAAAUAUAGUAUUCCACUUAAUACUGGGAGCGGGUUUUAAAGCAUGCUUUCCCCCUUUGGUAAAAAUAGUUUUCCCCCCCACUUUAAGCGGGGAGCGGGUGACAUGCGUCCUUUGGUAAUAAGUUUUUCCAUUUUAACGACGGGGAGUGGUAGCACCCCUUGCCCUUUUGGAAAUAUAGAUUCCCAUUUUAAUGACGGGGAGCGGUUUAGCACGCUGUCUCCUUUGGAAAAUAUCUAUUCCCAUUUUAAUGACUGGAGCUGGUUAAAUGUGUCCCUUUGGAAUAUAGCUUUUCCCCACUUAAUGACGGGGAGCUGGUAAUGCUGUCUCCUUUGGGUUAAUUAGCUAUUCCCACUUAACUGAGGGAGCUGGUAGCAUGCUGUCCCCCUUUGGGAAAUAUAGCUAUUCCCACUUUAACGAUGGAGCUGGUAGCAUGCGUCUCCUUUGGAAUAUAGCUAUUCCCCACUUAAAAAGUGGGAGCUGGUAGAUGCUUUCCCCUUUUGGAAUAUAGUUUAUUCCCACUUUAACUGAUGGGAGCGGGUUAGCAUGCUGUCCCCUUUGGAAAUAUAGUAUUCCCAUUUUAACGACUGGGAGCUGGUUAGCACUGCUGUCCCCUUUUGGGAAAUUUAAGCUUUUCCCUUUUUAAACUGAUGGGGCUGGUAGCACGCUGUCCCCUUUUGGAAAUAUAGUAUUCCCACUUUAAUGACGGGACGGGUAGCACUGCGGUCCCCUUUGGAAAAUAAAACUUUCCCAUUUAACUAGGGGAGCUGGUGCACUGGUCUCCUUUGGUAAUAACUUUUCCCCACUUUAACUGACUGGAGCGGGUUACACUGCUUUUCCCUUUUUAAAUAUAGCACCCAUUUUAACUGAGGAGGGGUUUUAGCACUGCUGCCCCUUUGGUAAUAAGCUAUUCCCAUUUUAAGACGGGGAGCGGGUUAGCACUGCUGUUUUGGGAAAUUAGUUUUUCCACUUUAACUGACUGGGGCGGGGUGCACUGCUGUCCCCUUUGGGGUAAUAUAGCUAUUCCCACUUUAAUGACUGGGGUGGUGAGCAGUGUCCCCUUUGGUAAUAUGCUUUUCCCCACUUUAACUGCGGGAGCUGGUGAGAAUGCGUCCCCUUUUUGGUAAUAUAGUUUUCCCAUUUAAAAAUGACGGAGCUGGUUAGCAUGCUUCCCCCUUUGGUAAUAAGCUUUUCCCUUUUAACUGACGGGAGUGGUUAGCACUGCGUCUCCUUUGGAAAUUUAUUUCCCAUUUUUAACUGACGGGAGGGGGGGUUAGCACGCGUCUCCUUGGUAAUAUAUUUUUCCCCUUUAAAACUGACUGGAUUUUAGCACUGCGUCCCUUUGGUAAUAUAGCUAUUCCCAUUUUAACUGACGGGCGGGGUUUAGCACGUUCCUUUGGUAAUUAGAUUCCCACUUUACGAUGGGAGUGGUUAGCAUGCUGUUCCUUUGGUAAUAUAGCUAUUCCCCUUUAACGACUGGGAGCUGGUUGGCACUGCUGUCUCCUUUGGAAUAUCUUUCCACUUAACUGACGGGGAGUGGUACACUGGGGUCUCCUUUGGUAAUAUAGCUUUUCCCCCUUUAAAAUUUGGGAGCGGGUUUACACGCUUCCCCGGUAAAAAAAAAAAAAUUAUUUUAAAACUGAGGGGGGAGGGAGACUGCGCCCUUUGGUAAUAUGGGGAAACCCACUUUUAAAAUGAUGGGAAAGUGGUUAGACUGGGGGUCUUUUGGUAAAUAGCUUCCCACUUUAAAAAAUGAGGGGGGAGGGUGAAUGCGUUCCCUUUGGAAUAUAGCUAUUACUUUUAAAAUGUGGGGGGGGGUGAGCAAGCUGAUUUUGGUAAUAUAGUUUACUUUAAUGAGGGAGUGGUUAGAAAAUGUGUUUUUGGAAUAAGAUUCCACUUUAAUGCGGGGGAGUGGUUAGACUGUGUUUUUGGUAAAUAUAGUAUUAUUAAUGAGGGAGGGUUGCAAGCGUUCUUUGGAAUAUGGGGAUUAAAACUUUAAAUGAGGGAGCGGGAGAAGGGGCCCUUUGGGGGAAAAGAAAAGAUGGGAGGGGGAAGGGGGGGGAAAUAGAUUAAUUAAUGAGGGGGGGAGAUGGGGGAAAAGAAAAAGAGGGGGGAGAGCUUUUUUUGGAAAAGAUAAAAGGGGGGGGGGGGGGCCCGGGGAAAAGGGGGAAAGGGGAAAGGGAGAUGGGGUUUGGGUAAAGAAAAACGAGGGGGGGGGUUUAGAGGGGAAAAAAGGGUUUCCCCCUUUAAGACGGGUUGGAGCAGGGGGGAAUAAGACCCAUUUCUGGGGGGAUGGAAAGGGUUUUUGGUAAAAGAAAAAGGACGGGGGGUGGUAGAGGGUUUUGGAAAAAGAAUUUACUGAUGGGGAGGGAGGGGGAAUAUAGAUUAAAAAGAGGGAGGGAGAUUUUCCGGAAUAAGCAUUUUUUUAAGGGGAGGGGGAGGGGAGAGUGGGAAAAGAAAAAGGGGAGGUGAGUUUUUUGGAAAAAGCCCAAAAGGGAGGGGAGAUUUUUGGGAAUUGGGGAAUUUCGCGGGGGGGGGGUAGAGCCCGGGGAAAAGAUUUUUAAAGGGGGGGGGAUGGAGAUGGGGGGAAAAGACCCAAAAGAGGGAGCGGAAAAGGAGUGUUUUUUGGGAAAAGUAAAAAAGGGAUGGGGGGCGGAGUGGGGAAAAAGAAAAAAGGGGCGGGGGGGGGGAGGUUUUGGGGAAAUUAGCUAUUCCCAUUUUAAACGACGGGGAGCGGGUUUGAGCACUGCUGUCCCCUUUUGGAAAUAUACUAUUCCAUUUUAAAGGGGGAUGGUUAGCACGCUUCUCCCUGGUAAAAGUUUUCCCACUUUAAGGACGGGGGAGGGGUUUGCACGCUUCCUUUGGUAAUAUAGCUUUUCCCAUUUAAACUACGGGAGCUGUUGCAUGCUGUCCCCUUUGGUAAUAUAGCUAUUCCAUUUAAAACUGACUGGGACUGGUUAGCACUGCUGUCCCCUUUGGGGUAAUUACUAUUCCAUUUUAAAACGCUGGAGCUGGUUAGCACUGCGCUCCUUUGGUAAUAUAGCUUUCCAUUUUAAAAUGACGGGGGAGGGGGGUGAGCACUGCUGUCCCCCUUUGGGUAAUAUAGCUAUUCCCAUUUAACUGCUGGGAGGGGUUAGCACUGUGUCUCCUUUGGUAAUUUAUUCCCACUUAAAUUUGGAGCUGGGAGCAUGCGUUCCUUUGGUAAUAUAGCUUUCCCACUUAACGACGGGAGUGGUUAGAUGCGUCUCCUUUGGUAAUAUAGUUUCCCAUUUAACUGACUGGGAGGGUAGCACUGCCCCUCCUUGGUAAAUAGCUAUUCCCCAUUUAACUGUGGGAGCUUUUAGCAUGCGUCCCCCUUGGUAAUUAGCUAUUCCCUUUAAAACGGGAGCGGGUUAGCAUGUCCCCCUUUUGGUAAUAUACUAUUCCCACUUUAACUGAUGGGACUGGUUAGCAUGCUGUCUCCUUGGUAAUAUAGUAUUCCCCCAUUUUAAAAAUGGGAGCUGGUUACAUCUGUCUCCUUUGGUAAUAUAAUUCCCAUUUUAAAAGACGGGGAUGGUUGGGCCUGCUGUCUCCUUUGGUAAUAGCUUUCCCCACUUUAACGAGGGAGCGGGUGACAUGCUGUCCCCUUUUGGAAUAUAGCAUUCCCCAUUUAACUGAUGGGCUGUGAGCAUGCUUUUCCCUUUGGUAAUAUAGCUAUUCCCCACUUUAACGCUGGGAGUGGUUGCCUGCGCUCCCUUGGAAUAAGUAUCCCUUAAUACUGGGAGCUGGUUACAGGCUCUCCCCUUUUGGUAAAUGCAUUCCCAUUUUAAAACUGACGGGGAGCGGUAGCACUGCUUUUCCCCCUUUUGGGAAUAUAGCUACCCCCCUUUUAAAAAUGUGGGAGUGGUUAGCAUGGUUUUUUUUGGAAUAUAGCUUUCCCUUUAACUGACGGGAGGGUUUGGGGGAUGUGUUUUUUUGGUAAUAUAGCUUUUCCCAUUUUAAUAUGGGGCUGGUGGCACUCUGUCUCCCUUGGUAAUAAGCUUUCCCCCUUUAAUGAUGGGAGCUGGUUGCAUGCUGUUCCUUUGGUAAUUAAAUUUUCCCCCAUUUUAACGACUUGGGCGGUGAGCACUGCUUCUCCUUUGGGAAAUAUAGCAUUCCCAUUUAACUGAUGGGGCUGGUUGCACUGUUUUCCUUUGGGAAAUAUAUUCCCACUUUAACGUGGGAGCUGGUGAGCACUGCUGUUCCUUUGGUAAUAUAGCUUUUCUAUUUUUAACGACUGGGAGGGGUUUAGAUGCUGUCUUUUUUGGAAAAUAUAGUACCCCAUUUUUAAUGACUGGGAUGGGAGCACGCUGUUCCUUUGGUAAUAUAGUUUCCACUUUAAUGAGGGGAGCGUGGCACGGUUCCCUUUGGAAUAUAGCUUUCCCCAUUUUAAACUACUGGGACUGGUUAGCACUGCUGUCCCCUUGGUUUAUAUUCCCACUUUAAUGACGGGGGAGGGUUCACUGCUGUCCCCUUUGGAAUUAGUUUUUCCCCAUUUUAAAACAAAGGGAGCUGGUUGCAUGUUUUCCCCUUGGAAAAUAGUUUUCCCCCACUUUUAACGAUGGGAUGGUUAGCACUGCUGUUCCUUUGGUAAAAGUAUUCCCACUUUAAUGACUGGGGGAGCGGUAGCAUGCUGUCCCCUUUUGGUAAAAAAGCUUUUCCCCACUUUCUGACGGGACGGGGUGGCACUGCGUCCCCUUUUGGUAAUAUAGCUAGGUUUCCCAAUAUAGCUAUUGACUGUGACUGACUGGAGGAACAUUUGAUGGAUUGUAUUUUUUCCCCAAUUUUUUUUUUUAACACUUACUGAAAUGAUGUACUCUGAAUUUUGACUAUCAUACCCUGAUUCACCACGUUUCUGGAAAAAUCACAGAACUAUUUGUUGGGGCGGAAGGAGACGUGUGAGAUGGCAGACAGGAACAAAGAGGCACUACUGGAGGUACAGUGAUCUCAACAUAACACACCUCCAAACAAACUGAUGCACACAACUUGACUUAUUCAGGUCAUUUCAACAUGUCACCUUGUGUUAGUGCAUACUAUAUAGAUGGUGUGUGUGUGUGUGUGUGUGUGUGUGUGUGUGUGUGUGUAUGAGUGUGCACGUGCAUCCGUAUAUAUCUGUGCGCUCUCCUCGGCAGGAGUGUUUUUGUGGCAGCUCUGUGUCUGUGCCUGAGAUGGAGGGAGUACUCUGGCUGAAGGAGGAUGGGAAGAAGAGCUGGAAGAAGAGAUACUUCCUGCUCAGAGCCUCGGGGAUCUACUAUGUACCUAAAGGAAAAGCCAAGGUACGUCUCUGGAACACACUGAGUAACCUGUACUCAAAUAGUGAGUAUUUA